AACCUCCGACCUUAUGGUUAACAGCCAUACGCUCUAACCAACUGAGCUAUUCCAGCUGCUUGUUCUUACUGUUUAUUUUAAACAAACUAAAUUAAUGCAAUAAAAUUACUUUGUCAAAAUAAUUUUGCAACAAUUUCCUCGGUAUCCAAACAAGAAAUUUCGGAAAACACACUCGCUAUUGUCAUCAACAAUGACAGAGGAAAAGGCCUCCACAGUUACUUCGGACGAAGCAUCACAAACAAGGCAAAGAAAGAAAAGGAAAUGGGAUCAGCCUGCAGAGUCGUUGGUUUCUGCUGGGUUUGCAGUGCCUGGGAUUCUCCCAUUGGGUGCCGUUGGAUCUCUGGGCGGUGGGGUUACAAUUCCUGGCGCAACUCCUGUUUCAUCUGCUCUAUUGGUGAACCCACUUGUGGCUAGCUGUAGUAAUGUGUCCCAGGUGAUUCCACCGCCUUUGAUACAGCAACAUAUUGCUGCUAUGGUCCCAAAGAUAGUUCAACCAAAGAUCCAAGAUGAGUUAAUAGCACGAGAAAUUGUAAUAAAUGACGCAGAGUCUACUGUUCGCUACAAGCUCACUAAACGCCAGACACAAGAGGAGAUUCAGAGGUGCACUGGUGCUGUGGUGAUAACCAGGGGCAAGUAUCGUCUGCCAAAUGCACCUAGUGAUGGUGAAAAGCCAUUAUAUCUUCACAUCUCUGCUGGGGCUCAUUUAAAAGACACGGCUGAGCGAAUUUUAGCUGUUGAUCGUGCAGCUGCCAUGGUGGAAGAAAUGCUGAAACCGGAUCAAAAUGUACAGGCAGUAAGUUCCACCCUUCAUCCAUUGAGCAAUGGAACAAAGGGCACUCAUGCACUGAGCAUGUCCAUAUUUUUGGGUUUUGAUGCGGACCCUUCAUUGAACAUUGCUGCUCGUAUUCGUGGCCCAAAUGAUUGUUUUUGUGUUGGUGGUGGUUUGGUUUUGUACAUACAGGACCAAUAUAUAAAUCACAUUAUGAAUGAAACAGGAGCUACGGUCAUCCUCAGAGGUCGAGGUUCGGGAAGUACUGAAAGCCUGCUUGUUGAAGAAGAGCCACAGCUGCAUUUGUUCUUGUCAAGCCACAGUUCUAAAAGUCUUGAAGAUGCUAGGCGUUUGUCAGAAAACCUUUUGGAUACCAUCAGUGUAGAAUGUGGUGUUUCCAGGGUUUCUUCUUCUAAGGUUUAUAGUGCUGUUCCACCCCCACAGCAGGUAUAUAGGGCUGUUCCCCCACCACAGAAGUUGUUGGCUGGAGUCCAGAAUUCUAUGAGUAAUUUAGAAGCAAGUACAAGUUCAACUGCUGGUUUGACAACUUCAACUAUGGCUGUUUCUCCAGUACCUCCAGUUUCCUCAGUUAGAACCAUUGGGAUCUCUUCUGUUUUUCCUCAAGGGAAGGCAUCUCAAUCUGGAGGGUUGUUAAACUGUGAUCAGUCUCAGGUAGACUCAGUUAGCCAUUCACCGCCUUUAUUUUCUGGAGGAACAAGCUAUAGUGGAUAUGGUGGGAUAUAUCCUCAAGCCACACCUUUGCAACAAGUAGCCCUAGCACUUAGACAGUCAACUUCUCCUGUUAGUUCUACUGCUACCCCCACAACAUCAGAACCAAGUGAACCUAUGUUGCACAUUUCCAACUCUGACAAGGAGAAACGACUUCCCCAGAAGCGAAAGUUUCAGGAACUACCGAUUGGUUCAAAAGGUUCUGCAAAGCCCAUUCAGGUAUUUUCUCUGACCUUCUGUCGAGCUAACUUGCCGAUAGUGGACCUCUCUUUUGGACUAUUGGUUUGUAUUGUUUCAGGGUAUUUAUUUCUGGAGGUGCCACUGAAGAGGCAGUACUCAAGUGUUUAUCAGCAGCUAAUUAUAGCUUUCAUGCUGAUUGUUUUAGUUUGGUGAUUUGUUAGUAAAAUUGUAUAUUCUCUAUUCUCUCAUUUGCUAUGUGUCCAACGUUUGCUUUCUUGAUGAGCAAUCACAAUCCAUAUUUUACACGUUGGGGAACUCAUCUAUAGGAUGGACAGACAAGUGGUUUUGUCACAGUUAAGGGCUACCUCUUAUUAUUUUCAUAGAAUUCGGUGGUUUCAAAAUGAGUGAUAUGUUUGAGUAGUCAUCCUCAGCCACAUUUGUUAUUCUAGCGCCAUUAAUAUUAAAGCUAUUAAAAAGCUUCUUUUGGCAUUGCUAAGAUAGUACCUUCUGCGAAUUAGUUUGACAAAAAGUUUAAGAGAAACAUUUUCUAAAGAUUAGACAAUGUUUAAAAAGUUAUUCUCAUAGACCUACGAGGGGUAGCUCAAAUGGUCAGAGGCAUGUAGUUUGCUCCCACAAGAUUUGAGGUUUGCGUCCCUUUUGGACAUCCACAUAGCAAUUGCUAUAGUUUCCUAGCCCCUAAAUAUUGUAGGGUUAGGUGGGAAGCUUACUUUCAAAAAAAAAAAAAUCAUGAAAGUUACAGGAAGUACUUUUUAGUGUGUGAGGUUGGGGAGUUUCUCUUUUGCCAAAAGUAUUUUAACAAUCAAAAGUGUUCUGUGCAUGAAGAUAUGAACAGUUUAUAUUGAAAAAUGCACAUAAGCAGUGUCAAGAAAGCGCUUCUAAAUGAGCUCAUAGCCUUUGCUAGAGUGAAGUAUUUCUUAGUUCCUAGCUUCGAUGGUUUAAUACUCUUAAAAAUGUAGCUGUUUAUUUUAGAAAAUUUAGCUAUCUCGCAUACUGACAGAAAAUCAGCGUGCUUUUUUGGUAUGAUAUUACAAUACUAGGGUUCAGAUGAGAGAUGAUAUAUAUAUAUAUUAUAUUUCACUCAAGCAUUGCACUUAUGAUGUGUUACUCUUUUCAGUUCCAUUUUCUCUUACAUGUUGUAUCUAUAUGCUUAGCUUCAGCUUAUGAUUUAUGAAAUUUAUCUAUGCAUGUGUGUGUUUACUUGUACAUAUUUCUGAUAAAAAAAAAUUCUUCUAGUGUGGCUCCGUAUUAACUUCAGAUUUUAAGUUAUGUAAUCAACGUAAAAGCUUCUAUUAUCUACAGAAUUUAAGGUAGUCAGUGUUUUUUUUUCUUUUUUUUCCUUCUAACUCUGCAGGGUUCAGAAUUUUCGAAAUCAGCUCAAGUGUCAGCAGAUGUGGAUGUUAGAAAUGUGUCAACUAUGCCAGCUCCAAAGAUAUUAG